AUGCCGUUGCCGCAGCCCGUGACGGCCGUGGCGCUGCAGCGCAGCGCCGGGAAGCUGGGGCGUGCGGCGGUGGCGUGCAUGCAGGGUCUCCGGAAAGAGUUCGAAGACUUCCACAUCCUCGACCAAGAGCUCGGCAUAUGUGGCGUAUUCGACGGACACCUGGGAGAGGAAGCAGCUGCGUUCUGCGCAGAACAUUUGCAUUUGCACGCCAUGGAAGCUGACGACACUGCAUCCCUGACCAAAGCCUUUGGAGAUUGCGAUGAUGCCCUGCGGAAAGCUUUACCUGCAAAGAGUGAAGCUGGAACUACGGCCACCCUCGCAAGAGUUCAAGAGAACGGCAGUGAUGAUUCUCUGAAUGUUGUGGUGGCCAACCUCGGUGACUCCCGUGCCCUGCUGUGGCGCCCUGGGCCGACGCUGGAGGUCACCCGGGACCACCGCCCUGGCGACGCGGCGGAGCGUGCGCGGAUCGAGGCGGCGGGCGGCACGGUGAGCGAAGAGGAGCGCAUCGAUGGGACUUUGGCCUGCAGCCGCGCCCUGGGAGCCUUUCGCUUCAAAGGAGCAACGCCUUCAGAGCCGUCCAAGGUGAGCUGCGUGCCAGAGGUGUACCAUUGGACCGCCAAGCGCGGCGACUGGCUGAUCUUGGCCUGUGAUGGAAUUUGGGAUACCAUCAGCAACCAGCAAGCAGUAGAUCGAAUAUGCAAAGUUCCUGGAGAUUUGGGUGAACUUCUGGAAUCGGUGCUUCAUUUCUGCAUUGACAGGGAAGCGGAUGACAACCUCACCCUGCUGGCGGUUGAGCUCGGGGCUGUGGACCACCAAGAUACCACUUGCACCAUCAGCGCGGGUGGCUUCCUGAAGACCAAGGACAGCGAAGUGUGGCUGGGCUGA